AUGAAAUUUCGUAAAAACUACACGAAAGGAGUCUACUCAUCUCUUGAUGUAUUUAUUCAGUUCUCACCCGAAAUCAUUUUUCAGAUCCUUGGUCAAUUAACACCCAGUGAUAUUUUUACUGUCGCAUUAGUGAACAAGCAUUUAUAUGGUUAUACGCGAGACGAUUAUCUAUGGCACGUAGUGUGUGUGAAUCAAUUUGGGAAAAUGUUUGCCAAGAAAAUUAUUACAAACCUGAAAGAAAAUUCUAAACAAAUUCAAUGUAAUUGGAAGCAAAUUUGUAUUGAGCAAUAUCGAAAAACCACUUUUCUUGCUGAAAAAUGUGAAAUCACUUCCUUUUGGCUUCAUGAAUUCGGAAUUGCUGAAAUCAAUACACGAGACGCAUACAUUGUGGAUUAUGAAAAAAGUAAAUGCGGGAAAAUCAUUCAAUUACCUUCACAAGAUGAGCGACUUUAUUUUUUAAGUUUAUCAGCAGUUCUCAAAAAUGUUCUUGCUGGGACGUAUCACGUUAUUUGGAGAAUGCGCAUACAUCAUUUAUCAGUACUAAAAGGAACUAAAUUCAUAACAAAAGUCGUUGACGAGAACAUCAAUAACCCUAAUUUUGAACCCAAGCAAUACAUUUACCAUCCAAGACACUACGAUUAUUCGCAAACCACAUUCGAAAAAGGAUUUGUCGAUUAUCAAUUACCAUUUAAACUCGAAAUACCAUCAUUCAGCAACAAUAAUCAAAAUUGUAAUGUCUACCUAUCGUUUGAAUGUGCAGCUGGUAUACCGUGGUUUGCGCACAAACUGAAACUCGAUUUUGUCUAUUUGUAUCCAUGUUGUAAUAAACCAGCCUCAUAUAAACGCAGUAUCACGAAAAUGUGGUCGAAAAUUAAACAUAAACUCCCGCGCGUUACUCUUUCUCGCCAAUAA